AUGACUAGGCUGCUGAUGAUCCCCACCUCGCGACGUGUACACAAGGUCAGCCGUCGUUACUGUCAUCGCCAUUUUGCGGCCCCCACUGCGUUCUACCUGGCCACCUCCAGCAUCUACCUCGCGAUCGCGGUCCACCCGCGCCAAGGCAUCCGUAGAUGUGCGUGGACGCGCGCGCCCGAAUGCAAGGACUACGUGGACGAGUCACACUGGGAGAUGCCACUGGUCGCUGGUCGCGGUGCCUCCGUCGUCGUCGCCUACGACGCCAUCGCUUUGUAUGGCUUCGCGCGCGAGCUCGCCGAUUGA